GGCUGCUGCCGCCGCUCCUGCGGGGCCCUAAAGCCGCCCGCUUCAAGAGGAUGGUGCGGCUGGCGGCGGAGCUGCUGCUGUUACUGGGGCUCCUGCUGCUCACCUUGCACAUCACCGUGCUGCGGGCCAAGCCCGACCCCCCGCCGGCCAACAGCACCCACGGCCAGCCGCAGAACACCCUGGGUGCAGAUGGCCAUUCUGCUCCCCAAACCAGCUUCACAUUAAACCCCAAGGACAGAAGACAAUAUCCUGACCACCAGGCAGCACACAGGCCAUUCCCCAAACAGCGAUUCAGGCAGGAAAAUGGACACACAUCAUUACAAAGAGAUGGACCCAGAUCCUUCCUCCUGGAUCUCCCAAACUUUCCUGACCUAUCAAAAGCAGACAUCAAUGGGCAAAACCCCAACAUUCAGGUUACCAUAGAAGUGGUUGAUGGCCCCGAUACUGAACCAGAGAAGGAUCUGCACAAAGAAAGCAGCAAGCCUAGCUGGCCAGUCCCAUCCUCUGACUGGAGGAACUGGUGGCAGACGUCAUCCACCUUGACUCGCAUGAGUAGCGGUGACCAGGACUACAAGCAUGACAGCAGCACUGAAGAUAGCAACUUCCUAAACCCUCUUGGUGGGUGGGAUAGGCAUGCACCCAACCACCGGACUUUUGAAUCCAAGGAGCAGCCAGAGUAUGAUUAUAUUGAUGGAGAGGGAGACUGGAGCCCAUGGUCCAUUUGUAGUGUAACCUGCGGGAUUGGCAAUCAGAAGCGAACCAGAUCCUGUGGAUAUGCCUGCACAGCCACUGAGUCGAGGACAUGUGAUAGGCCAAACUGCCCAGGGAUUGAAGACACCUUCAGGACAGCUGCCACAGAAGUGAGCUUACUUGCAGGAAGCGAAGAGUUCAAUGCCACCAAGCUAUUCGAAGUUGAUACUGAUAGUUGCGAAAGAUGGAUGAGCUGCAAAAGUGAGUUCUUGAAGAAAUACAUGCACAAAGUGGUUAAUGACCUACCCAGCUGCCCUUGCUCCUACCCCACAGAAGUCGCUUACAGCACUGCUGAGAUCUAUGACCGGAUUAAGCGGAAAAACUUUCGCUGGAAAGAUGCAAGUGGGCCAAAGGAAAAAUUGGAGAUCUACAAGCCCACGGCCCGCUAUUGUAUCCGCUCUAUGCUUUCCUUGGAGAGCACAACUCUAGCGGCGCAGCACUGUUGCUAUGAUGACAAUAUGCAGCUGAUGACUAGGGGGAAAGGGGCGGGCACACCAAACCUGAUCAGCGUAGAAUUCUCCGCAGAGCUCCAUUACAAAGUAGACAUUUUGCCUUGGAUUAUAUGCAAAGGAGACUGGAGCCGAUACAAUGAAGCACGGCCCCCUAACAAUGGUCAGAAAUGUACAGAAAACCCUUCAGAUGAAGACUAUUACAAGCAGUUUCAGGAAGCAAGGGAAUACUGAAGGGAUUUUCCUCCUCAGACAGGAAAAUGGGGAUCAUUUCCAUAGAUGGCACAAAACUGCAUUUGCUGCAUUAUCUAUUUGAAAUGGGGUUGGUCAGUAUCUUUAGUAUGAGUGUAUAUAUUUGUAUAUAAUACAUGUGUAUUUUUCUCUGUGUGUGUAAUUUAUAUAUGCAUAUAUCUCACACACUCCUCUGCAUACAAACAUACACAAAACCUUUAAUGAUAGAAGUUUAUAUAGCAAUAAAAUGCAUUUUAUUUCACAAGAAAGAAAAACCUCCAGGGAAAAACAGGGUGAAUAAAUUCAUGCUGAACAAAGCUUGAUACAGAUUUUUACAUCAGUGUAAAUCAGUAAAGCUCUGAUCCUGCUCCCAUUAAAGUCAAUAACAAAGCUCCUAUUGAUUUUAAAUGAUGCACGAUUGGUCCCUAAUGGCAGGAUAAAGCUAGGGGAAGUGAAAUGCAAAUCAGGCUCAAAGGCCCUGAUUCAGCAAAGCACUUAAGCACAUGCUUAGAUCUAUCCCUGUACAGCAAACCACUUAAUCACAUGCUUAAAUCCAUUAUAGUCAAUGCAACUUAAGCAUGUGCUUAGAGAUAAGCACAUACUUACCUGCUUUGCCACAUGGACAGGUUUGGGGUUUUUGUUUUUGUAUUUGGGCCAAAGAGCCUAAACUCUUAAACAGUUUUUAUAUGUAACUUAUUUAAUAUAAACACAGCUGUUUAAAAAUAACACUUUCUCUGGAGCUGUAUUAAUGAAAGUAUUUAAUGGUAUCUACAAGAAGAGGGGAAGGAUUGUUGGGAGGGAAAGCUAUUAAUUAUUGGAGGAGAAAACAGGUAGAAAUGCUGAAGAUCAAUAAACCAACACCAACAUUAAUCAUUCUCAGUUGAAGCUCCCCAUUGCCCUUCCAGUCACUCAGGUGUUGGCUGUAUAUAUGUGGUAGGGUUUCCAGAAGAUGCAGCUGCCAUGUUCCUUUGGGCUACACCAAAAGAAUCUAAAAUAAGGCCUAGGAUUCUGCAAAGACAUAUGAAUCUGCUUAACUUCCCAUACUGUGAGUAGUUCAG